CCCAAUUAGCGUAAAACGUAAUAACGAAUCAGUAUUAUAAAUCUUAAUAACUUUAUAAUGUGUAUUUUUAUAACAAAGUAUAAAUAUUUUACGUUUAAUUUUGGGGAUCAAAUUAUUAAAUCGUUGGAUGGGUCGGGAAUUCCGUAUUUUAAAUUAGUUGUUAAAAAUAAUAAAACAGUUAAAAGGUUAAAAACUUUAAAAACAAUUAAAUUUAUACAUUCUAUUUUUUCUUAUCCUGAAAAUAAAAGAAAAUACUUACCAAGUGGUAAUAGUGUAAUAUACUUAGAUUCCAUCCCAAAACCAAGAUUAAUCAAGAGUAUAAAGAUUUAUAAGAAUAAUGUGUUGGAUUCGGGAAAUACUGAGGAUAAUGGAACAGGUUCAGAAUUAGUUAAAUCGCUAUUCGGUUUAAAAUAUUCUGGUAAAAGAAGGGCAAAGAUAAUGAACAAAAUAAAGGAAAUGUUUCCAAUUGAAUUGAGGAGUAUUUUAUUUAAAUUUGCAAUGAAGUAUAUGGACACAUUUGAUGAAUCUGACUUAUGUCAUUUUGAACAAUUGCUUGCCCUUUACUCCGAAGAUUCUAGAGAUUCUAUCCUAUUAGAUUCCAUAACUUGUAAGAAUAAUUCUCCUAAUUUAUCAAGUGGAAACCCAAUUUUGCUCAAAUUGCUUAAAUUUGUCUCUUCCUCUCAUCCCUCAAUAAAUAAUUGUAAUUUUAAAGAUUCUCCGAAUAUUAAUAAAGUUUAGUUUUUAAUUUGAUAAUAUGUUUAAUUUAUUUUA